UUGUCGUCUUACACUCUCUACGCUCCCUCUCUCUACCCUCUGCUUCUUGAUCUCGCUCUACACCAUAAAAAAAGAGAAGCUUGGAAGUACAUAAAUCCCACGCUUUUGUCUUUCCCUUUCUCUCUCUCACUCUCUCUAGGGUGCUCCGGAUCUACUUUCCUUAUCUAGGUGGUGUAUUGCUAUUGACUAUUUGGGGAGAGUGAUGUCGAAAGCCGGAGCCUUGGAUCUCGCCACUGGCGUCGGCGGAAAGAUCGAGAAAGACGACGUUCUCUCCGCUGUCCAGAAGUAUGAGCAGUAUCACGGCUACUAUGGAGGCGAAGAGAAAGAGAGAAAGGCCAACUACACUGACAUGGUGAAUAAAUAUUAUGAUCUUGUUACCAGCUUUUAUGAAUAUGGCUGGGGAGAGUCGUUCCAUUUUGCGCCCAGAUGGAAAGGGGAGUCUCUUAAAGAGAGCAUUAAGCGACAUGAGCACUUUCUUGCUUUACAGUUAGGCCUAAAAGCUGGACAGAAGGUGUUGGAUGUUGGAUGUGGAAUUGGUGGACCAUUAAGGGAAAUUGCCCAGUUCAGCAUGACAUCUGUUACAGGUCUGAACAACAAUGAAUAUCAGAUAGCAAGAGGACAGGUACUGAACCGCAAUACAGGACUGGACAAGACUUGCAAUUUUGUGAAGGCAGAUUUCAUGAAAAUGCCAUUUCCUGACAAUAGUUUUGAUGCAAUAUAUGCAAUUGAGGCUACCUGCCAUGCUCCAGAUCCGGUUGGCUGCUAUAAAGAGAUUUAUAGAGUAUUGAAGCCUGGUCAGUGUUUUGCUGCGUAUGAGUGGUGCAUGACCAAUGCCUUUGAUAUCCGUAACAAAGAACACCAAAAAAUCAAGGCAGAAAUAGAGCUUGGUAAUGGUCUCCCUGAUGUCAGGGCUACAGGACAAUGCCUUGAUGCUCUGAAGCAAGCAGGCUUUGAAGUCAUAUGGGAUAAAGAUCUUGCUGCAGACUCACCAAUCCCUUGGUACUUGCCUUUGGAUAAAAGUCACUUCUCACUGAGUAGCUUCCGUCUAACAGCCGUCGGACGUUUUGUUACCAGAAACAUGGUCAUGGCUCUAGAAUAUACUGGACUUGCCCCUAAGGGAAGUCAAAGGGUUCAAGCUUUCUUGGAGAAAGCUGCAGAAGGGCUAGUUGAUGGUGCAAGGAAGGAGAUCUUCACACCAAUGUAUUUCUUCUUGGCUCGGAAGCCUCAUUUGGAUAGGCAGUAAUGCUGAAGUAUGCAUUAAUCAACAAGCUGCUGUAUUAGUGAAGCUUUCUGGUAAUUCUGGCCAGUUAGAGGUUUUUGUCCAGAUUGCAUGUUUUUGGGGUUUUUUUAGGUUUCCAAGUUGAUUGUCAUAGUUUCCUGUGACAAGUUUGCUAUUUAACUAAAUUUAUUUUCUGUAUUCUUUGUUUAUCAAAAUUCAUAUAUUUAUGUAAUGUGUGAAAUUUUCCUUACCUUCAGCACAGUGGUUUUGUGCUGACUAAUUGAUUUGUUUAGGCUCUCAAAUAUUCUUUA